UUGAUACUACCUGCUAUUUCCCUCGACGGUGUGCUACACCUCGACAUCCUGACCUGCUCAUGGACUGUGGAGGAGUUCCAGCUCUACAUCGACAUGUUAUUGGAUAACAUGAGCCCGUUCCCUCAGAGCAAUUCCGUCCUGGUAAUGGAUAAUGCCAGCACUCAUCAUUUUGAAGGGCUUCGAGACAUUGUGGAG